AUGAGGGCCUGGAUGAGUCCGCAGAGCAGGCUGAGCAGCACGGCCCGGGGGGGCUGCCCCCCCACCACCGAGGAGCACAGCAGGGACAUGAUGGCCGUGGGGCCCAGAGUCACGUCCUUAGAGACCAACCGCACACAUGCCGUCUAUGCCAACAGCUUAUUCGUUUACCCGAAAGGUAACGAGUCCUUUGUGCUUCCUGUGGGACUUCCCUUCUCCUGCGCUUACCCCCUGGACACAGAUGCCAGUCUGAAUGUGGCUAUCAGGCCAUAUCUGGAGUGA